AAAACAUACAUAGACUUUCAGUCGAGUCAACGGCUUUCUUUCUGGGUCUCUUUCUCUUCCCAUCUCGACUCUUCUUAUGUCUAUCCUCCCUUCUUCUCUGUAACUAAACGAUGAGCUUAUCAUGUUGUUGGAAUCGCUCUAAGCAAAAAUCUGGAGAAAAUAAAACUCUUUCCACGUUCGGUCUCAUGGAUCCUCCGACGAGCCCCGCUGCCCAAAACCCUAGCUCUCUCCACUCCGAUUCGAUCAUCUCAUCGCUUCUUUCGUUUCCCGCUUCCGCUCCGUUCUCCAUCGCCUGCUCCUUCGAUCGAGAGCUCGAGAAAGCUCUCGCCUCUGCUUCCGGCGACGCCUCUGUUCAGGAUCGUCUCCUAAAUCGAACUAUCCAGCUCGCGUCGCUUCUUCUAGACUCCACUGAACGAUGCUUCCGCAAGAGAGCUUCUGCUCACAACUCCGUUGCCUGGGUCCUCCCUCCCGAACUCACCGUCAAGGUGUUUUCGAAGCUUGAUACAAAGUCUUUGAUGCAAGCGGCUACGUGCUGCACCGUGUUCAACAAAUGUGCAAUGGACCGUUCAUCUUACGCCCACAUCGACUUGACUACCGCUACCAAACAAGCUGAUAAUGAAGUUGUGUGUACCAUGAUCCAUCGUGCCGGUAAAGAACUCAGAUCUCUCAAGCUUGGUCAUGUUACUCGUCGAUAUGGACCUGAUCCUGCUCCUACUUCAAUUUGGUUUAAUGGACCUUUUCUUUCCUCACUGGCCUAUAAUAAUGGUUUUCUUGGGAAUCGCUUGAGAAGCCUACGGCUUUACAAUAUCAGAUGGAUGACCUGUAGUUCCUCAUUCGAGGUGUUCUCAUUUUGUUCGAAUCUCACUGAUCUGAGGAUUGUUGGAUCCAAUUGUCCAUUUAGGCAGCUAUUUAUGAUCCUGACCAAAAAAUGUCGUCUGAUAGAGCACCUGUGCUUAGGGACCUAUUUCCCCCUAGGUAAUAUAGACGCGUCAACAGCUUCACACUUGAUAGAGUUGGUGACCAAGUCCCCCAACUUAACUUCUCUAACACUCCUAUGUUUUCAACUAACCAACGACAUGGCCCGGAAUCUUGUUGAGAGUUGUCGAAAACUGAAGUACCUGAAUUUUUCCAGGUCGCCUAAAAUCAAUGGUCAUUUUUUGAGGGAUUUGGGGAAUAGCUGCAAAGAGAGUCCACUCGAGACUCUAAUAAUGCGCAACUGCGUUAAACUAGAGGAGAAAGAAGUCUUGGAACUCUGCAACACAUUACUCAAAGGAAACUUCAAAUUCAUUCGUCACAUUGAUGUUUCAAGCAAUAACGGCUUAGUUUCUGAUGAUGGCCGGAGAUCUUACAAACCAAAGUUUCCUGUGGAGAAGCUGAAAGAAGAAAGACCAGAUGUGACACUUGUGGCGGAUUUUCCAUUAGAAAGGUCAGGGAAGCGUUAUCAUGUCGGGGUUGAAGGGGAUGACGAAGAACUGAAGGAGAUAGAGAUGAUGGAAGUCAAGAACGAUGAAGAGGAGAAUGAUGAUGAUGACUCGUUUGACGAUGACGAUGACGACGUUUAGGUUUGAUGAUUGGAGGAGUGGUUAAUCAAUCAAAUCGUCAAUAUAUCCCGCACGACGGACAUAUGAAUGUUUCUUCCUACAUCCAAAGCCCUAACCCUAGUUCCCUUCUUGUUGUUCAUCUCAUUCCUCUUUGUUUCCUGAAUUGCCCUUCGACUUCUAUUAGCUGCUGCUCCUUUGAUCGGGCGGUUGGUCAAGCUAUCUAUCUCCUCUGCUUCUUGUGAUGAUGAUCGAUCCUGAACUGUGUAGAAGUUCUUGUGUGAACUCUUAUUAUGAGUUGGUAUGUUCUAUGAAGACGUGUUUUUUGCA